AUGGCGUAUACAACCCCCCCAAUAACUCUAUUCAACCUCCUCUCUACCCCCUCAACCAACCCCAUCAAAUCCUACACAUCCCUGCCAAUAUUCGCCACCGUACUCGCCACCUCUCCCACAAACAGCGCCGAUGAUACUCUUAGGAGCGUGGCUAGUGUGAAGGUGAAAGAUACGAAGCCAAUGAUUGUUGAGACCAUGGAAAGUGGAGAAAAAGCUGUAUGGAUUUCGCAUCUUCGAGUGAGCGUUGCGUUUGAGGGGUGUCCAAUGAGCGUCGGCGUCGAAAAGAUCGGGAGCUUUACUUGGGUAUACUGCGGAAAAGCCGGCAACUUGUAA